AUUAUGGUAAGAAAGAAAGCGUGUGAAAUGGGGACUUUUCAUUCACACAGCCAAUCCCCAAGAAACCCACCCCACCACCUUUGUAGCCGCAUACAUUCUAUAUAUAUAUAUGCAUCAUCAUUGAGCUUUUACUCAACGACCUAGCCAUUUCACAUUCUCUCACUACUACUCCACUCUCUUUCUGUUUUCUAUAAGUAAAUCCAAAUUAGCCAGUCUCCGUCUGUGGAAAAGUUCAAAGAUUUAUCUGAUCUCUCUCUCUCUCUCUCGCCACCACAAAUCCAUUGAGCGGCCACGAUGGUGAGAAGAGGCAUUGCUUUGGUAGCACUGGUUGUGGCGGUGGUUUGUAAGAUCCAGAUGUGUUUUUCAGAUAUUAGCAGAGCAAGCUUUCCCAAGGGUUUUGUUUUUGGCACCGCUUCUUCUGCUUUCCAGUAUGAAGGAGCAGUGAAAGAGGAUGGGAGGGGACCGACUGUUUGGGACACCUUUUCACAUUCUUUUGGAAAAAUAUCCGAUUUCAGUAAUGCAGAUGUUGCUGUGGAUCAUUACCACCGUUAUAAUGAAGAUAUACAGCUUAUGAAAGACAUGGGAAUGGAUGCCUAUAGGUUUUCAAUUGCUUGGUCUCGGAUUUUCCCUAAUGGAAGUGGUGAAAUCAAUCAGGCAGGAGUUGAUCAUUACAAUAACCUCAUCAAUGCUUUACUAGCCAAAGAAAUUGAACCAUAUGUGACCCUCUACCAUUGGGACCUUCCUCAAGUCCUAGAAGACAAAUACAAUGGAUGGUUAAGCCCCCAAAUCAUAAACGACUUUGCAACAUAUGCGGAGACAUGCUUUGAGAAAUUUGGUGACAGGGUGAAGAACUGGAUCACAUUCAAUGAGCCACAUACAUUUGCUGUCCAAGGAUAUGACGUGGGUCUCCAAGCACCGGGUCGGUGCUCCAUCUUACUUCACCUCUUCUGUCGGGCGGGAAACUCUGCAAGAGAGCCUUACAUUGUUGCUCAUAAUGUUCUUCUUUCUCAUGCAACUGUGACAGAUAUAUACAGAAAGAAGUACAAGUCAAAGCAGCGUGGAUCAGUUGGGAUCUCGUUUGAUGUCAUUUGGUUUGAACCAGCAACAAACUCCACAGAAGACAUUGAAGCAGCUCAAAGAGCUCAAGAUUUCCAGCUUGGCUGGUUUAUUGAGCCUUUGAUCUUGGGGGAUUAUCCAAAGUCGAUGAGAAGUAGAGUAGGAAGCAGGCUUCCAGAAUUUUCUAAACCUGAGGCUGCUAUUCUCAAGGGUUCUUUGGAUUUUGUUGGCAUUAAUUACUACACUACGUUUUAUGCAAGACAUAAUUCAAGUAGUACAAUUGAUGUACUACUUAACGACUCCAUUGCAGACUCCGGUGCCAUUACCCUUCCUUUCAAAGAUGGAAAAGCAAUUGGAGACAAGGCAAAUUCUAUAUGGUUGUACAUAGUACCUCAGGGGAUCAGAAGCUUAAUGAAUUACAUCAAGCAAAAGUAUGGGAACCCUCUGGUUCUCAUCACUGAAAAUGGGAUGGAUGAUGCAAACAGUCAACUGAUCUCCAUCAAAAAUGCUCUAAAGGAUGAGAAAAGGAUCAAAUAUCACAAUGACCAUCUAAUUAACUUGCUGGCUGCAAUCAAGGAAGAUGGGUGCAAUGUGAGAGGGUAUUUUGUAUGGUCUUUAUUGGAUAAUUGGGAGUGGGCAUCUGGAUACACUUCAAGAUUUGGUCUCUAUUUUGUUGACUAUAAUGACAAGCUCAAGAGAUACCCUAAGGACUCUGUUCACUGGUUUAAAAACUUGUUGACUUCUAAUUAAAAAUGGAGAAAAUGAAGUUGCAGCAACCCUACAUUUCCAAACCAACACAUGUUAAUGUACAAGCAGCUGUGUUGAAUUCAUUGUAAGAAAUUGUUGAUGUUAGAAUUAAGCACUUUGAGCUCGUCUCGUUUGCUGUCAUCAUGAUUUUUCAUCUUCCACCAUUACUGUGUGAAUCUCUCAUGGGAUUGGCCACUUGGACUUGGUCUUUUUUGGUGUGAGGUUUGCCAAAUCAUUUUC